AUGUCCAAGCGCACUGCCAAGGUCGGAAUCACCGGAAAGUACGGCACGCGAUACGGUGCGUCGCUGCGACGACAGGUCAAGAAGAUUGAGAUCUCGCAGCACAGCAAGUACACCUGCACCUUCUGCGGCAAGGACGCCGUCAAGAGGAAGGCUGUCGGCAUCUGGGAGUGCCGCGCCUGCCGCAAGACCAUGGCCGGCGGCGCCUGGACCCUCUCCACCACCGCUGCUGCCACCGUCCGCAGCACCAUCCGCCGUCUGCGCGAGCUGACCGAGGCCUAA